GCAUUAACAUAGCACAAUGAAUGAGAAGAACCGAAAGCCGAUGCCCGAUUGUGACGAUUAGCAGUCUUUGGUGUUUAAAUUCAAUGUUUAUUAAUUUAUUGUUGUAGAAAAUUAAUGUAAAUAACUAUAUUAUUUCAUAAGUAACAGUAAAUGAUUGUAGCUUAAUCAAGAUUAAAUUUCAACACCCAGUCUAAGUGAGAUGGAGGGGGAGGUGGAGCUGGUGGCUCGUCAGCUGGCGGGGGCUGUGGAGCUGGCGAUGGCCAACUCUGUACCACAGCAGCAACGCUUGGAGGCCUACAACGCUUGUGAACACUUCAAGGAGAAGUCUCCACUCUGUGUACAAUGUGGCCUGUAUCUUGCACAGAAGCCAGAGUUUUCCCUUGUGGUGCGACACUUCGGCCUGCAGCUAAUGGAGCAUUGUAUCAAGUAUCGAUGGUACAACCUCACACAACCCGAGAAACUCUUCAUCAAGGAGAAUGCAAUGAAGUUGAUCGAAGGUGGGCUGGAUGUACAGUCUGUGGAGCAGGCACACAUCAAGGACGCUCUAUCCCGCGUCAUAGUAGAGAUGAUCAAACGGGAGUGGCCGCAGCAGUGGCCGACCCUCCUGACAGAGCUGAGCCAGGCCUGUGGCAAGGGCUGCACGCAGACAGAGCUAGUACUGCUGGUAUUCCUGCGGCUGGCCGAGGAUGUGGCCAUACUACAGACCUUGGAAUCCAACCAGCGGAGGAAAGAUCUGUACCAAGCUUUGACGACCAACAUGGCUGACAUAUUUACUUUCUUCUUGAAACUGAUAGAGGAACAUUACCAGAAACACAUUCUGUCACUGGAACAGGGCUCGGUGGUAGAGGCUGCAGCACACGCUAAAGUAGUUCAGGUAGUGCUUCUGACUCUAAGUGGAUUUGUUGAAUGGGUGGCCAUGACGCACAUCAUGGCAGAUGAAGGCAAGAUGCUGCAAAUACUCUGUCUGCUGCUCAAGAAUGAAACGUUUCAGACACCAGCAGCUGAAUGUCUUUUACAGAUAGUAUCUCGGAAGGGUAAGGCUGAGGAAAGGCGACCACUGCUGAUACUGUUCAGUGCAGAUGCCAUGGCUUGUAUGUUCCACGCUGCAGGUGUUGCCUCGGAGAAGGCUCUUGACGAGAAACAUUAUAUGUUCCUGAAGAAACUAACGCAGGUGUUAACUGGUAUUGGCACACAGCUGUGUUCUCUCUGGGGUAAAGAUGAGUGUAAUACCAGACCUCCUAACUUCUCCAUGUACCUGGAAGCCAUAGCCACAUUCUCCCGCCACCCCUCCCUCACGGUCGCUCACUACGCCAAUGCACUCUGGACUGUGUUUUUCAAACACGAACUCAUCUCCAAGGACUCAGUGUUUUUAAGUUUCAUUCCUAAGUGGGUCGAGGCCACUGCUCCUAAAAUCAUGAAGGUUGUGUUUCCAUCAGUAAAAUGUGCGACAAGUCCGACUGAUUCUGCACCUUACGCAGUACUUGACUACGACUCGGAAGAAGAGUUUAAUAUUUUCUUCCAUAGAUGCCGAACAGAUAUGCUCGACACAUUUAAACAGGCUACCCUGGUGGCGCCCCUUGUGACUUUCACAUACAUGCAGGAGUGGCUUUCUGUGAGGAUACAGAAGACACUGAACAUUCCAGAACCUUUGUGCACUGUACAAUCGCCAUCCUACAUUGAAUGGGAGGCCCUCUCCAUGGUGCUGGACAGUGUGCUCAGCAGGAUAGUGAUGUGUGCUGAACGGCCAGCUGUUAGUGCAGGACUACACCUACUGGACCUCUGCCUGGCCUUGGAGCCUCAGGACCCCCUCAUCCUGUCUACCCUACUUUCCUGCAUCUCGGCUCUCUUCGUCUUCCUCAGCAUGUCCCCUGCCGAGUCCAGCACAAACUAUCUUCCACGAGUGUUAGACAAGAUCUUCUCGGCAUUAGUUUUCACCCUGCCUGGUGAAACAAAGGAAACGAGGUCACGGUCGGUGAAGAAUGUGCGCAGACACGCAGCGUCACUCAUGGUCAAGAUUGGACAGAAGUAUCCUCUGUUGCUACUACCUGUGUUUGAUCGUAUCAAGAUGAUCGUCAAUGACCUUGAGAACAAAGCUGAUGCUCUUAGCAAGCUGGAGAUUAUCUGUUUGCAGGAGGCACUGCUGCUGAUCAGCAACCAUUUCUGCGAGUACGAGCGGGAAAGUGUAUUUGUGGGUGAAAUAUUGCGACCGGUGGCGGACCAAUGGCUGCUGAUGGCCACCGAGGUGUUCACGACUCCUGAGGCUUUCAUGGCCUUCGUUGGACUGGACAAGCCUCCUGUUGAACCCAGCAGCAAUGACAUCAAUGGCCGCAACAGAUCCCAGAUCAUAUGUGCUGUGGACGUGCUUUGUGCUGUGGUAAAGCGUUGUGCCUGGCCGGAGGACCCAGACCGAGCCCUGAGGGGAGGUUUUGUUAUCGGUCGAACAGAUGCUGGCAACCCCAUCUAUCGCAACCCUGCCACUCCCCACCUGCUCCCUCUCUUGCCCGGUCUACUUGCGCUCAUUAAGGUGUUUAACUCACUCUGGACACCACAGGCGCAGGCUCUUCUCUCACCAGGAUAUAAGUCUGCCCAUGCCAUGUUGGACGUUGAUCGUAACAACCUGCUGGGCAUCCCUUCAUCGUCAGACCCCAUGGAUGCUACCCGGCCACCUCACACACCUCUCCACCGCAUGCAGCACUUCCUGUCCCAGGUGCACGACAGCUGCUACCAGAUCCUGGGCCACGCCUUCCCCUCCCUGUCUCGUGACUUAUACCAACUGCCACAUCUGGCCAACAGCCUCAUCGUCACAGUGCUGUACAACCUGGAGUACAUUCCUGACUACCGAUUGCGACCAAUGGUGCGAGUGUUCUUCAAGCCAUUCGUUGCGUCCUGUCCUGCCGACUGCUAUGACACUGUGGUGGUUCCUGUACUUGCACAGUUCACUCCCUUUAUGUUUACAAGACUGAAUGCCAAAUGGCAACACAUAGCUGAGCUGCAGGAGACUGGCUCCGCAGACGACGAGAACACAGAUGCUCAAGAGAUGUUGGAGGACAUGCUGAACCGACAGUUGACCCGUGAAUACCUGGAUGUAUUGAAGCUCGCACUGGUGGGGGGCAGUGCAGCGGAACUCAGCAGCUCGCCUGCUAUGGAGGAGGACUGUAGCGAGCUUCGACCAGGCCAUGCAGCUGAGGUUAUCAGUGAGCUAGGACUGCGUGUGCUACACUGUGAGCCCACCUGCCAGGCUGUCACUCUGUGCCUGCUCAGUGCGCUGGCCUGGAAUGACAGCAAUGGCAGCAUGAAGGCUGGGGGACUGGUGGCGCCGGUGGUGCGGCAGCUGGUACAGUCUGGUCGCAUGAGUACAGUCCUGGCCACACACAUCAUGACAGUGGUGCUCCAAGGGCUGCAGGUCCAUGGACAACACGACGCCAAUCAGGGCAGUCUGCUGAUGCUAGGCACCCAGCUGUACGAGCUUCUUCGACCCAAGUAUCCUGAGGUCCUCGAGGUUUUAAAGCAAAUUCCAGAAGUUAAUCCUCUAGAUCUCCAGAAACUGGACGAGAGGAUGAUGAAGGAAGCACAGAAAGGCAAUAAAGUCGAAAAAGCUAAAAAAGAGAUGUUCAAAAAAAUCACCACACCCCUUCACGGUCUCAACAUAGGACAGCUAUUCAGGCGGAAAGCAUCCAUACGAGAGUUGCCUCGGACAGAAGCCAACAGUAAAAGAUCAAAAAGCCAACCUUUAAUUGGAAAUGGCACUACAGAAAAUGAUCCAGUUUUAGUAAACCUAUUCAAAGUCACGUAGCAUCCUCUUAUCUUUGGCUAUCUUUUCUUCUCUUUACUUUUGUAACUAUUUUUUCUUAUUUAACGCAUUAGCUGCCAUGCCAAUCUAAUGAGUCUGUUUUGCAACCAAGAUUUUUCCGUCUAGUGGAUAGUGGGCUGAUCGGGUUUGUGUCUUAAAUAAAUUAAUUUGACUAAACCUUGUCCUGAACUUGGUGUUGAUUACAGUAACAAAGCUUUUUCAGUCAUACGAGGGGUCCCCUGCUGACUGAUUGAUUUGUAAAAAUCAGAUUUAUUAAUAUCAUUUAGAUAAAAAGACAUCAAUCAGGCAGUUUGAUCAUUCGUACUGAGUGAGGAAAAUACCUCUUAAAUUUUGAGGUAAGAAAAAAAUGUUAUAUCAUUAAAACUAAUUACAUUUUGAUUUCAAAGAAACUAAAAUAAUCACUUUUGGAGGCUACAUUAUUAAUGUAUUAUAAUUUAUCAAAACAAUAUAAAGGCAUCAUUAUACUAUAGAUACACAAUUUGGCAUAUAGAAUACAGCAAUAUUUGGCAUGGCUGUUAAGUGUCAUACAUAAUAUUAAUUAAAACUAAUUUGUUAAAAUCUAUUUUAAUUUAAUUUUGAUUUGUUUUUAAUUGAUAUUUGAAUGAAGCUUUAAGAUUUUGUUGUAAUGUUUUGCUUGUACAGGAUAUUGGAUAUAAUUCAAAGUGCGCAGAACUGAGUAUACAAUGAUUUUGAUAUAUUUUUUAUCAACUGUUUUGUGGAGACAAUGAUAAUUUAUUAUUUUAAUUGUAUCAAAUAGUUAUGUUAAUUUAAUUAAUUGAAUCAACGAUUUUACAUGGUUUGCUAAAUUAAUGGAAAGAUUUGUAUCGCACAAUAUUAAUUUAAGUUCAAUUGUGAGUUAAGGCAGUCUUGUGCACUGCUUUGAGUUUGUUUGUAUAUAAUAUUAUGACAGUAGAAAUAAUAUAACUUUGAUUCUGAAACGAGAUUUUUACAGAUAUAAUUGGUAUCAAUAAUUUUACAACCCUUAUGAUUUAUAUGUCAGGAAUCAAAUAAAAAGUGGUGAAAAUGUUUUACCCAAUUUUAAGACAUUGAUAUAAAAUAGAAAUUUUAUUUGAUUAUCUGUUUAAAAAACACUAUAUUAUAAUUUAGUAUGAUAUAUAAAUUUUUAAAUUAUUAAUUAAUUGAAGCGAAAUUUCAAAUAAUUAGCGUAAAAUAAUCGGAGAUUUGUUUUACAAUGGAAAUAAGAAUAAAAACAGUUGAUUUUUGUUACAAUCCUGAGAAGAAGCGUUUUUCUCUAUAGUACUGAACAUCAUCUUUGCUGUGGCACGUGUUAGUAACGAGCGGACACACUUAUUGAAUUUAAUUGUUUUACUUUCUAUUGAUCAGCUAAAUAGGAUGGGACAUUAGUAAAAAGAUUACUUGUAAAUAUUGACAUCUUAAAAAAUACAAUUUCAACAGUACCAUAAGUAUGUGGCAUCAAAGUUUGUGAAAAAUCUUUAAAUUAUAUUAUUAUAUUACUAUGUACGGAUGUAACAAGUUGAGGCAUCUACAAGGAGGGUUCUAUCACGCUAUGUACUAUGCUGCAGCAAAUGUGAUAAAGAGAAUCACGUUACAGUGAAAACUCAUACAGAAUAAAAAAAAUAUCCGCCACUACAAAUAUUAUUUUGUUAUUUUUCGUAGGAGUUAAAAUAUCAUAAUAUUAAUCAUUAUAAGUUAUCGUGAAUUAAUAUAAUUUAUUUGCUUGAACUAUAAAGUAUUCAAAUAGUGAAUGGUGAAAGAAAACCUUUCAUUUACACUUUAAUUAACGUUUCAAAAUGUGUGUUUUUACAAUAUUUUUUAAAUAACUGUUUAAGGUAUAGCAACCUCUAUAAAAAUGUCUUCCUGUCCAGAUAAAACCUAAACUCUUAAUUUCUUUUGUACAAUUAGAUCACAUUUUACAUAAUUGACUUUUUAACUAAUCUUUUAAAAUAUGUUAUUGGUGUUGUCAAGUUGUAAAGUAGCUGUAGGGGUUGUUUAUGAAUGACUGGCUGGCCAGCCACUCUGUCACAACUCCAUAGUCUAUUGUACAGGGGAAAGACAAACUGCCCUUUUAUUGGGGAUUUUAGUGACAAAAUUAAAUUAUAAAAUGCCUUAGUAGUGAGUAGAUCCUCAAUAACAAGACAGAAGAUCACAUCUCCUUUGCCAACUGUACCAUUAUGAGCGGUCAAACGUUUCUAAUGGUCCUUGUAUAAUUUUCAGAGUUGCACUUUAUUGAGUUCUAUAUUAUUUUUUACAAAAUUCGGUUCAUACAUUCAGUAUUCAUGAGUUGAAAUACUGCAAAACUUUUGAGGACAGGAAAACCGUUUUCUAAAUUGGAGGUUGUUGAGGGCUUUGUAUUUUAUACUUUAUCUCAAAAGGUUACUUUUAAUAUUUUUCCAUAUUUAAGGCUGUGAUUAUUACAUUGACAUAUUCUUAUAGGUGUUUGAUUACUAAUGACGAUUUAGUUUUUUUUGCUUGAAAUCUCUUUUAUUUUGCCUCUUGUUAUUGAAUAUGUACUUAAAAAUCCAUAUGGAUUCUGGAUGCACUUAAUGUAAUAUACGUUAAAAUAUGUAUAGUGCUUGAGUAAAUUUGAAUUAUAUAUUGUGCACACUUUAAUUGAGGUUUUCUGAUAAUUUCAAUCGUCUUUAUGCUAACUAAAGUAUGCAGAAAGUCAAUAUAUAAGGUAUGUCUUGAUUCCAUACAAUUUUGUUUCAAUAUUUUAAAGUCGAUUUUAUAUACAAUGAGGACAAAAUAAAGAGUUUUGACAAAAUAUUUUUAAAAUCUAUUUAGUAACCAAACACCCUUAAAACUAAACAUGUUAAUUGAAUUUUUGUUGUUUCUGUUAUUUUUGAGUUUUGUGUUAUUUUGGUUGUGUAAAAUAUUGGUUCAGCAGAGAAAUUUGUAUAUUUAAUAUACAAUUGCAUGCUUUCAUAAUUGCUCAUUAUGUAUGUUAUUAAAUUUUGUCUGUUAUUUUUUUUGUACAUAUGGUUUUUAUCAAUUGUUCCACACUGGUAGUGAUUGCGUAACUGAGUAUUGAACGUGUGAAAUCAAUAAAUGGAUUCUUAGAGA